UUCAUCGACAUCAACAUCGACCCAUCCAUCGAGUCAGCCCAUCUGUCAUGUUCGCAUUGAAUUUAAGCCGGAGUGAGAGUGCCGGCCCCUGGGAGCUGGACCCGCAGCAGGAUAUGCCAUCACACAGCGAUGCGUGCAUCUUCCAGAGGAGAAUACCACCGGUGGUGAUCUUUGUGCUGUACGGCCUGGCCGUGCCCACGCUUUCCACCUUCGGCCUGUGCACGAAUUUCAUCAAUGCGGUGGUGUUCAUGCGGCCCAAGAUGACGCCCUCGGCCUUCACCUAUCUGGCGGCGCUCUCUUGGAUGGACUGCGUCUCCUGUCUGCUGAUCACGCUGACGGCUCUGUCGCGCAGCUACUUCUACUACAGCCCCGCCUGGAUCGCCUACGACUACCAGUGGCAGACGCCGCUCUUCGGCAUCAGCACGGGAGCGGCCAAUCUGAUUCUCGCCUGCCUCAGCCUGGAUCGCUUCACCUAUUUGGCCAGCUUUAGGCGAAACAGUGGACCGCCGAGGUUCUGUCGUCGCAAGGUGGCUCGCUAUAUGAUCGCUGUUGUGAUCGCCGUCUCCAUUGCCGUCAACAUGCCAUAUUUUUUCGUCUUCUAUGUGGAUCAGGACGGUACCUGUCAUGUGCAAGAGUUCUACUACUCCACAUUCUAUAAGGUGCACAACUGGUUCAGCUUCACCCUGCUGGCCCUGCUGCCAGCCGUAUUCCUGCUUAUCGGCAACACGGCCAUCAUCAUUGCCUUUCGACGAUGGACCAAGCAGAGUCGACUUUGCCAGGCCACUGCCAACAAUGGCGACACACGCACCACCAUCAAACGAUAUCAGCACCAAAUGAAGCUGACAGUGAGCAUUGUGAUUGUGAUAACGCUGUAUAUGAUCGGGGAACUGCCGGCGCAUAUGACAUCGCGAAAGAGUUCGCUCAAUCUGCUGUUCGGCGGCGACACCAACAAAGUGGAUGAGUCAGUGAUGGAGCAGGUGGAGGUGAUCUGCAUCACGCUCAAUGCCCUGCAGCUGUCCCUGAACAUAGUCGUGUAUGCGGUGAUCAAUCCCUCCUUCAUGCCAGAGUUCUUUCUCUGCCUCAAGGGCACCUCCGACGUGUGCAUGGGCAUUUGCUGCUUCCGUGCCAUUGGUCGGAGCUGGCGUCGAUGUCGGACCCGUCGCCAGCAGCAACCCGCGGCCGAGGAGUGCGUGGUCAGCUGUGUGGCGCCUCAGCAUUUGCCGGCGGACGAGGCGAUGCAUUGCGGCUGUGCGAGUUGGGCCAGCGACUCUGAUUGCCAAAACGAUGCCCACUGCAGAACAGCUGUGGGCACCUUUACGCUAGUGAAGGAUUCCCAAGUGCAAGAACACUCCCACUCCCAUUCCCAUCCAGAGCCGGAGGUGUUUACCACCAGAUCCAGCUCCUGCCUGCACGCGAAAGACUCUGCAUCAAACGAUGAUUCCAUCUUCAGCUCCAGUUUUAUUAUAAUCACCUAACAAAAUUACUAGUUAAAUAAA